AUGAAUAAAGCAACCAUUGUUGAAAAACACAGUGUGGCUCGUAUCGAAUAUGUACCACGAUUAUCACUCGCUAAAACAAAGGUAAAACCAUUGCAUAAUAAAGAACAAUACUCCUCCAUAGCGAACACAAAUACAAUCGUUCCUGAGAGUCUUCAAACGGUUUCACCAGAAUGUAUUUCAAUAGAUCAAUCGAAUCUAAGAAAUAUUGAUAAUAAUACUGAAAGAUUAAAAAGUGAAAAAUUAUCAUCGCCAAAUACUCCUAAAUCUUCAUUAUCGUCAACUAAUAACAAACAGGAUUUAAUAAAACAAACAAAGAAUUUUCGACAUCGUUUCAUUGAUUGGUUUAAUAUUAUACCACCUUUCUAUAUAUUCAUCAUUCGCAAAACUCGUUCUGAAUCUUCAUUUACUAAUAUAACUGCUUCAAGCUGUUCAUCUUCAACAUGUAUUGGAAAAGAAACUCCCUAUCGUACAUCGAUAGUUACAGCUCUCUAUCCUUUUGAUGGAAAUACGAAUGAUCAAAGUGGAUAUUACACAGGAACGGCAUUUGGUACAUCCUCACCUUCUUUUUCAUCACAGGCUUAUGUAGGUCAGUCAAUAAAUUUAAAUCCAAGUGCACAACAACAAUAUAUUCAAAUCUCAAAUUUAAAUUUGUCUAAACAAAGUUUUACGCUACAAACAUGGAUUUAUCCAGGAACUAACCCUGCUUCAAUUGAUUUGGGGAUAUUUAGUCAAUGUGAUUCAAAUUCGAUUUGUUUGUCAUUCAGUUUACGAAGUGGACGUUUUGUACUUUCAUUUGAUUCUAUAAAUGUUAAUAACAUUUCAUUGACUGGUUCAACUAUAAUUAGUCAGAAUCAGUGGAUUCAUGUAACAGUUGUUUAUGAUGCAGUUCUAUUUCAACAACAGAUCUAUGUUGAUGGUCAAAUUGAUGCUGUAUCAUAUGGUAUGAUUAACUCUUAUCAAGGUGAUUUAUCAAGUUCAACAACAACAACAAUUGGAAGAAGUUCAUCAUAUGCUCGUGGAACUACAUAUUUUCAAGGAAGAAUAGAUCAUUUCACAAUAUCAGCAGGUGUUGCUCGAAGUGCUUGUCAAAUUUAUAAUGAUGCAUCAUUAGUAGUAUAUUAUCCAUUUGAUACAACUGGAGCAUAUAAUGAUCAUAGUGUUAAUCUCUGUAAUGGUUUGGCAUCUGGUACGACAAUAGUAUCUUCAGGUCGUAUUAAUGAAGCUAUCUCCUUUACAUCAAGUACAAGCUAUUUUCAAUCACAAUGUUUUCCACCAUUUCGUAACAACAAUAGAUUAUUUUCUUUUUCACUUUGGAUUAAUCCAACAUCUACUACAGGUGGUGGUACAAUAGUACAUUUAUCUUCUAAUUCAUAUGGUAAUUCAACUUGUUAUGAUCCUCUUGUUUUUACAAGUACUGGGGCUUUAGUAUGUCAGUGGAUGACAUCAGGACCAACUGUCAGUGGUGUUCAAGGUCCUUUAAUACCAGCAAAUACAUGGACUCAUGUAGCUGUUGUAUACGGUUUUACAAAUGGUGUACGUCUUUUUAUUAAUGGACAAUUUAGUACUUCAUCCACCAGUGGAUCUCUCAGUUUAUUGGACCCUAAUACUAAUAUAUGGUAUAUCACAUUGGGUAAUAAAAGUCCAUUGGGAUCAUCAGCAUCGGUUAACUGUCAAAGUGGUUCUAUAACAAUUUCAUCAGGAUCGUUUUUAGGUUCUAUUGAUGAAUUUCGACUUUACAAUCGAGAAUUAAACAAUCAAGAAAUAUGUGUACUUGCUAAUUUAUAA